AAAAAAAAGGACGAAGACAGACAAAUAGACAGACAAGAGGACGGACUGGCUUUGGUGGUACAUAUCAAAGAGAUAACCGUCAAUGAAGACACCUGGCAUGGCGGUAUUCAAGCAACAAAAUGUGGAUGAUUUCUAUGAAAUGGGAGAAGACCUAGGAAGUGGGCAGUUUGCAAUUGUUAAGCGCUGCACAGAGAAGAGCUCAGGUCUUGAAUAUGCAGCCAAGUUCAUCAAGAAGCGCCAGAGUCGAGUCAGCAGACGUGGUGUACGAAGAGAGGAGAUUGAGAGGGAAGUGGACAUCCUGCAGCAGCUCCAGCACCCCAACAUUGUAGCGCUGCAUGACGUGUACGAGAACCGCACAGAUGUUGUGCUUGUCCUCGAAUUGGUUUCUGGAGGAGAGCUGUUCGAUUUCUUGGCUCAGAAGGAGUCUCUCAGUGAAGAGGAGGCCACUCAGUUUAUCAAACAGAUCCUCAAUGGAGUCCAGUACCUUCACUCCAAGAGGAUCUCACAUUUUGAUCUAAAGCCUGAAAAUAUAAUGCUGCUGGACAGGGAUGAUCCUCUACCCCGCAUCAAACUCAUAGACUUUGGACUGGCACACAAAAUAGAAGCUGGGGCAGAUUUUAAAAACAUUUUUGGGACCCCUGAGUUUGUAGCUCCAGAGAUAGUCAACUAUGAGCCACUGGGAUUGGAGGCAGACAUGUGGAGCAUUGGAGUCAUCACAUAUAUACUCUUGAGUGGUGCGUCACCUUUCCUCGGUGACACGAAGCAGGAGACGCUGGGAAAUAUCUCGGCGAUGGACUAUGAGUUUGAUGAGGAGCUCUUCAGCAAUACAAGCGAGCUUGCCAAGAACUUCAUCAGGGAGCUUCUUGAGAAGGACACAAGAAAACGGAUGACCAUACAGGACGCCCUUAACCAUCCUUGGAUUAAGUCCUGUGGCCACAUGGAGGACAGCACUUCCCCCGAAGCCGAGAAGAAAGCGGAGCAGCUGAAGACAAAGCGUCUAAAGGAGUACACCAUCCAGUCUCAUUCCAGUAUGCCCCAGAACAACACAUAUGCCAAUUUUGAGCGUUUCGUCCAUAUGGUAGAGGACAUUAACAUGAUGCAGACGGGCCUGUCAGAGGUGGCAGGGGCCCGCCACACCUUGCAGGGUGACAUCGAGGCACUGCUCGCUAUCUACAAUGACAAAGAGGCCUGGUACAAAGAGGAGAGUGAGACUGCAAGGAAGCAGCUAUCCCAGGUCUGCUAUGAGUUUCGUAAGGUGGAGGCCAACAGGAAGCUGCUGCAGGAGGACGUGAAGGCCGUAGAUGCCAGUCUGGAGAGCAUCAGCGGGAAGUACAAGCAGAGGCAGAGCCAGCUGGACACUCUGAAGCAGGAGCUGGACUGUGAGCUGCAGUGGCUGCAGGAAGUGAUGAGCUCUCUGCAUCCAGAAGGAGCCAACGGCAGCAUCCACAGCAGCAGUCUGAAUACGGACGUGAAGCAGGCGCUGAAUGAGCUGCUGCAUCAGUCCUGUGUGGGGGAACUGUGCCCUGAGGCUAAACAGUCACUCACAGAUUCUGGCUAACCUGAGUGAAGGCACACUUUUUUUGAGCUUUGAUGAAUCUUAACAUGUUCAUGGAAAUGAAAUGUUUUUUCAGCAACACAAACAUUUGAAUGUAUAGCUGUGUAGUCUUCACAUUUUACUUAGUCCCAAGGAUUGUUUCCUUGAGUUAACUCUGUAGUAUGAUAGAAUGAAGGAUUUAAAGGAUACUUAGACAUGUUGCAUUUUGGGGGAAAAAACACUUAUUUGUAUCCUUGUUGAGAUUUUAAUAUGAAACUACAGCCAGGAGGCGGUUAGCUCUAACUACAGCCUCUUAAGCUCAAUAACGAAGAUGUUGUAUCUCCUUUGCUAUGUGCUGGACUAUUUUUGGGCACAUAACCACACAUAAAAACACAACUUCUUUUUUUGUGUAGAUUAAACAGAGAUCUAAAGUAUCAUUUAUUGAGCUUUAGAGGUGCAAGCCAGACUUUGUUUGGAGAGAGUCAGGCUAGCAGUUUAACCUUGAUUCCAGUUUUUAUGUUAAGUUAAGCUAAGCUAACCAUUGUCUGGCUUCAUAUUUACUAUACAGACAUGAGACUGUUAUCAAUCUUACGCACUAACUUUUGGUAAGGGAAAAUGUCGUCUAUUUCUUUAAGUGGCAAAAAUUGUGGCACAUAGUAAAUUUGAAGCGAUAUUAAGCAAACAAUGAAACAAGAUGAUGCCACUGCUCCUGUUGUGUUAAAUAUACUUUGUAGCUUUUGAUUUUGGCAAUGAAGAAACAUUGAUAGUGAUUGUCUCUGUUUUCACUGUGUCAUGGCUAUACGACAGCAAUUCUUUUCAAUGGAAUGUAUCAGAAGUUCACAUUUUUGAUUUAUUGUUUCAUUCCAUUUUAAUUUUAAACUGUAUAUUGAUGUUUAUUUUUGUUAGAAUAUUUUUUUAUUAAUUCAAAUGUGCACUUUUACAACUUUUAAGAUUUACCUUAUUUAUUUAUUUGAGAUGCCUUUUUUAUUUCUUUCUUGAAGAUGUUCUAUGAAAAACAAGAAAAAUAACAUCUAUUAUGUGUUUAAAGUCACACCCUAAUCUGUGUCAUUUUAGUAUAUCGACAAAUGUACACGCCGCACAUUUUUUGGCUUCAGUUUUGAUGUGCACACUGACAUUUUUCACUGUUGUCAAAAACACUGAAAUAAAUGCUCAUCAUUUAUUAUGUAUCCAAUGUCCACAUUUUUAAAAUUGUCCAGGGAUUUCAGUUUAUUUUCUGUUGUGUUUCAAUGUCUACUGUCAAGAUCAAGAAAUAUCAGUCAUUCUGUUACUUAAACAUGAAAGAUAGUUCCUCUGCCAUCUCAUCCCCCUUGUUUCUCUACAGCCUUUGAAUCCUAGACAGGCCAUGGUGAAAAGAUUGUCAGUGGUCAACUUGGAGAACUUCAAGAGACAGUACGCCAGACGCAGAUGGAAGCUGUCAUUCAGAAUUGUAGCUCUGUGCAAUCAUUUAACACGGAUCAUGAAGAAGGGCCA